GCGAGCAAUGGGGACGGGAAAUGGGUUCCGUGCGCUCUCCGGGGGUAUUGUGUCAGGAGAUGCAGGCUGGCUACCAUGUGACGCGGUCCAGAGCUGAAGGGAUUGGCCGAGGCAGCGCAGGCGGUGCAGCUCGCCGGCUUGCUGUUCCUCUGCCUUUCUCUCUCAGCAUCUUCCUGGGAGCCUGUAGGUGAAGCAGCGCUAGCAGCAUCCAUGGCCUGUCUUUCGGGUUAACACUUGUCUCCUUUGGCUUGGCAGCAAGCAGAACAGACCUCAGCGGCAGCUUUGUGAGGACUUAGCCGGGACCUGGAAGCGUAUCCUCCUGUGUUUUUUCUGACUUCUUGGAAAUUAAGGAAUGCAAUUCUGCCACCAUGAUGGAAGGACUGAAAAAACGUACAAGGAAGGCCUUUGGAAUACGGAAGAAAGAAAAAGACACUGACUCUACAGGCUCGCCAGAUCGAGAUGGAAUGCAGGGGAAAAAAAAGGCCCAGAAGACUCAGCUCCUCCUCACCUCUUGCUUCUGGCUCAGAGCCCUCUCCUUAACCCUGUCUCAGCAGCCCAGCCCACACGAACCACCCUACCAUAGCAAAGCAGAGUGUGCGCGUGAAGGAGGGAAGAAAGCUUCGAAGAAAAGCAAUGGGGCACCAAAUGGAUUUUAUGCAGAAAUUGAUUGGGAAAGAUAUAACUCACCUGAGCUGGAUGAAGAAGGUUACAGCAUUAGACCUGAGGAACCAGGCUCUACCAAAGGAAAGCACUUUUAUUCUUCAAGUGAAUCUGAAGAGGAAGAAGAAUCACACAAGAAAUUCAAUAUCAAGAUUAAACCCUUGCAAUCGAAGGAUGUCCUUAAGAAUGCAGCGACGGUAGACGAGCUGAAGGCUUCAAUAGGCAACAUCGCACUUUCCCCAUCGCCUGUGAGGAAAAGUCCGAGGCGCAGCCCGGGUGCAAUUAAAAGGAACUUAUCCAGUGAAGAAGUUGCAAGACCCAGGCGUUCCACCCCAACUCCGGAACUUACAAGCAAGAAGCCCCUGGAUGACACUCUGGCCCUUGCUCCCCUCUUUGGUCCACCAUUAGAAUCAGCUUUUGAUGAGCAGAAGACAGAAGUCCUUUUAGAUCAGCCUGAGAUAUGGGGUUCAGGCCAACCAAUUAACCCAAGCAUGGAGUCGCCAAAGCUAGCAAGACCUUUUCCCACUGGAACACCUCCACCUCUUCCUCCAAAAGCUGUACCAGCCACCCCGCCUCGAACAGGCUCCCCCCUAACAGUCGCAACAGGAAAUGACCAGGCAGCCACAGAGGCCAAAAUUGAGAAACUACCAUCCAUCAGUGACCUGGACAGCAUUUUUGGGCCAGUGUUGUCCCCCAAGUCUGUUGCUGUUAAUACUGAAGAGAAGUGGGUCCAUUUUUCUGAUGCGUCCCCGGAACAUGUUACUCCAGAGUUGACUCCAAGGGAAAAGGUGGUGACCCCACCAGCUGCAUCAGACAUCCCAGCUGACUCCCCAGCUCCAGGCCCACCUGGCCCCCCAGGCUCCGCAGGUCCCCCAGGGCCUCCUGGUCCUCGCCAUGUACCAUCUCCGCUCAAUUUAGAAGAAGUCCAGAAGAAAGUCGCUGAGCAGACCUUCAUUAAAGAUGAUUACUUAGAAACGCUCUCAUCUCCUAAAGAGUGUGGGUUGGGACAGAGAGCAACUCCACCUCCCCCACCACCACCCACCUACAGGACUGUGGUUUCGUCCCCCGGACCUGGCUCGGGCAGUGGUACGGGGACCGCCAGUGGUGCAUCUUCUCCUGCUCGGCCAGCCACCCCCUUAGUCCCUUGCAGCAGCACCACUCCGCCUCCACCUCCUCCCCGGCCUCCAUCCCGGCCAAAGCUACCUCCGGGAAAGCCUGGAGUUGGAGAUGUGUCCAGACCUUUUAGCCCACCCAUACACUCCUCCAGCCCUCCUCCGAUAGCACCCUUAGCCCGGGCUGAAAGCACUUCUUCAAUAUCGUCAACUAACUCAUUGAGCGCAGCCACCACUCCCACAGUUGAGAAUGAACAGCCCUCCCUCGUUUGGUUUGACAGAGGAAAGUUUUAUUUGACUUUUGAAGGUUCCUCCAGGGGGCCCAGUCCUCUAACUAUGGGGGCCCAGGACACCCUCCCGGUUGCAGCAGCGUUCACAGAAACUGUCAAUGCCUACUUCAAAGGAGCAGAUCCAAGCAAGUGCAUUGUUAAGAUCACAGGAGAAAUGGUGUUGUCCUUCCCUGCCGGUAUCACCAGACACUUUGCCAACAACCCAUCCCCAGCCGCUCUGACUUUUCGGGUGAUAAAUUCCAGCCGGUUAGAGCACGUCCUGCCGAACCCCCAACUUCUCUGCUGUGAUAAUACGCAAAAUGAUGCCAAUACCAAGGAAUUCUGGGUAAACAUGCCAAAUCUGAUGACUCACCUAAAGAAAGUCUCGGAACAAAAACCCCAGGCUACAUACUAUAAUGUGGACAUGCUUAAAUAUCAGGUGUCUGCCCAGGGCAUUCAGUCCACACCUCUGAACUUGGCGGUGAACUGGCGGUGUGAACCUGGGAGCACUGACCUGCGCAUAGACUAUAAGUACAACACGGAUGCCAUGACCACCGCCGUGGCCCUUAACAACGUGCAGUUCCUGGUCCCCAUAGAUGGAGGAGUGACCAAGCUUCAGGCUGUGCUUCCUCCAGCAGUCUGGAAUGCUGAACAGCAGAGAAUACUAUGGAAGAUUCCUGACAUCUCUCAGAAGUCAGAAAAUGGAGGUGUAGGUUCUUUACUGGCGAGAUUUCAAUUAUCCGAAGGCCCCAGCAAACCUUCCCCAUUGGUUGUUCAGUUCACGAGUGAAGGAAGCACUCUUUCUGGCUGUGACAUUGAGCUCGUUGGAGCAGGCUACCGGUUUUCACUCAUUAAGAAGAGGUUUGCUGCAGGAAAAUACUUGGCAGAUAACUAAUAAAAAGUCAUGCAAAGAUUUGGAAGAUCCGUGCCCCGGGAACUGUUGUUUGAGAGACAUGUUUUAAUCUGGUUUGAUGAAAACAAACCGAUGUCCGUACUUGGGGUCUGUCAGCUGGAAGGUCCUGGCUUUCAGCAGUGACUUCCUGCACCCAGUACUAUGAUGAUCAGUUCUACAGUAUUUACUUAUAGGUGUAAUAUUUGUUAAUGGUUUUAAAAAAUGUAAUUAUUGUAUUUGUAAACUGUACCUUCAUUCCAAUAAGGCAGUUAGACACUUGGGUUUUAGCAUUUUCCAUUCCUGAAACGGAUGUAAUUUAAAUUGUGGUAUGUAAAUUUAUUAGUAGUACUGUUGAAUGGCACAAUGCUUACAGAGAUACAGUGCAUUUUGUCAAUAUAUAAAAUUUAAAUAUAAUAUUGAUAGUUAUCGUAAAGGGGGUGCCAUGCAUCAAGAACCUUAACUGGAACCAGAAACAAAACACCCAACUUACUUUCCUUCACUCUUUACUAUGUCUCCCUCUAGUGCUAAAGAAAACUUCUAGCUUCAGUUUAGUGGGUUAAAUUCAGAACCUAUUUCAGAAAAAAAAAAUUCUAAAGUUACAGCAUAUUCAAAGAGAAACAUUAAUUACCACUUUUUAAAGAGCUUUUUUUUCAAACUGCAAAUUUCAUAAAAAUGCAAACUGUGUAAACAGGGCCUCUUAUUUUUAUAACUUGUGUAAAAAGGGAAAAGCAAUUCAUAUUUAAAGUUUGAGUAUAUUAAAUUAUAUCCAAGAGUGCAAAGGAUGUUGAAAUCUUACCUGACCCCAAGUCCCUUCUCUGCAGUCUAGCAAAUGUGGAGUCUGCUAAGUCAUCAGAUUAAAGCCAACCUGACUUUUAAAGUUACAAGGCUUCCUGUCGCUGAACUGGUAAAAACUUUUGCACAAUUGCUGGGAGCAGAGGGGCCUCUGUCGUCCAGCAUCCAGGGGUGGGUACCUUGUUUCUUCUUUACUCAUGAGAUCAAAACACAGAGAAGCAUGGAGGGGGGAAAAAUAGUUCCCUGUUCCAUCCAAAAGGAGAAUUUUAAACUUAGCAUUUACAUCUUGGGGGAAAGAAGAAAUAUGCUUUAUAAGUGGAAUUCUGUUCACCUUGUCAUCCUAUGAGUACUUUUUGGAUGAUUUUAAGAUUCAUCAUAGACAACUGUGACUCUUGGGGAAUUGAAAGCAGAAUCAGCACAGUGGCCUUGAACGUCAGUAGAUGCCACAGAUGCAGGAUGAGGGUGUCUCUCCCACUGGGUGGGGAUCAGAGCAGUGUUGUGUGAGGCAUGGAGAACAAGUCUUCCAGCAAACCACAAGUUAUUUUAAACAGAAAACAGUUCCUGUUCGAGGCCCUCCUAUUCAACAACUCCACCUGAGGUGGGGUGUGUAGCGUUUGCUGCUGAAUCUCGUUUCCGUAUCCACUCAAAUUUAACCAGGAGCUGUCAGCUCCUUUCAAGUUUAGAGUCAAAUUCAAAUUUUUGAGUCUUACUUCAACUGUGAGGUUGUGGCUGGCAGUUGUUUCUAGUGAGCUCUGUAGUGUGUCUGUGUUCUCUUCGAUCAGUGCUUGCCACCAAAAGGAUGUCCAACAUGAUCCUUUUUUACCUGCGAGCGAUUCAUCUAUUUAAAACAGGCUCCUGCCUAAUUCCCCAGAGCAGCCGGCCUUUGAAGGCUUUCUGAACAAACUAAUUUGUUCACAAAAAGCUUGGCCUUGAAACCAAACUAGAGAAAUAAAAUGUAAAAUUUAACUCUAAUGGAACAUGUGGAAAUGAAAAAAACUUAAGCCAAUGGAGAGUAAGAAGCAGAAAAAAAUGAAGCUUAUCUAGAACGGGAUUAUACGAUGUUUUUAAGUAGUCAAUUCAUGGAAAAAUAUUGAAUAUUAACACAGAGCAUAUUAAAAAUAUGUAAAUAUUACUGUUUCUCAUGUCUUUCUCUUUCUAUCUUAUUUUAUGAGGUUUUAGAAUGAAUUGGUCCUUAGAUACACAGUGUUUCUUUCCAAAAUGUAAUUUUGUUGAUAUUGUAAAAAAAAUGUAAGUAAGGAUAGAGAUUUGAGUAGGCUCUAACAUUGUUCAAAUGUUUCCAGGAACCAAAUCGGAAACUAUGAAGAAAUCUUGUAAUCCCUUAAUUGACUCUUGUGAAAUGAAAUGGCAGUUGGUGAUAUUAAAACUAAGAAUUGAAUAUUCAGAGCUUCAGUGGGGAAAGGGUUUGGAAAGUAGGUCAAAUAACAACAGAUGCUCACAUCAGAGGUGAUGUCAGGGUUGUUUGGUUUUUAAGCUUGUACUCUUUCAUCUCCUGGUAAAAAGCUCUGUGUGCAGUACUGUGGGAUAAAAAUUCAAGUUCUGAGACGUGGUCCAAGACUAGGCAGGCCAGGUCUCAGUUAUCAAUGUCUAUGGGGUCAGGUUCCCUUUUGUCCAAACAGAAUGGGUUAGCUCAUAGCCAGAUGGUUUGCCAGACAGUAAGCUAAAUUAAGACUAAGUUCUAGUUAGUCAGAGAGCUAUUUCCUAAAUACUCUGACUUUUAAAGCUGAUAGAAAGUGUAAAUGUUUUAUUUUGGUGAUAUGGAAAGUAUGUUUUCCUCUUCAAAUAAAUCCCAUAUUUUUACGAAAUUUUCAAAAAUAAAUUCUUGUUUAAAUUAGUCUCAAUUUUAUCACAAUUGGAACUUGCAAUUGUUAAUUUAAAACUCUAGGAGAUACAUCUACAGCUAGAAUGCAACUCCCUGGCUGCUAAUCCGGACACAGCUUACCUCUAAAGAAAGACUGUUCGUGUGCAAAUGGUGACUGGAAAGUCAAAGAGCAGUUGCUUGGGCUUUUUUACAGUUUACAUACUUCUCCUCAGUCUCAGCCUGCAAACUAUCAGAGCCAUAGUUACACACGUUUGCACCUUUAAUUCUUCUUUUGAAGGAAGCAAAUCUACCUUUGCUCUGCCACCGAUGCCUGAUGUGCAAACUCGGAUGCGUCCCUGUCUUCUUCUCACCUUUACGGUGAGAGUGGAGCCAUAUGUAGGUUUCAAGCUUUCUCUUAAUGGGACUUCUAUUUUUCUCUAAUAAGAGUGUGCCUAGAAUCCUGUAAAGCAGAAUGUUGCCAGGCAGAAAGGGAUUUCUCCAGACACUGAAACAGUAUCACAAUUGGUAAAUGAUUCCAAAGUAUCUUCCAGCUCUGAAGAACUGCAGUUCUCUUUAACCGGGAUAACUACCUUUGGAGACUAUAAGAACGUGUGUAGUGAUAGUGAUUAGCUGCUACACAAUAAAAAUAGCCAUACAGUGAGUGCACCUGGGCUGUCAGUCACCGCUGGUAUCACUUCAUUCAACCUUAAACUCCAAAGUGGCAAAAAGGCUUCUCAGCCUGUUUUCCCGAUGACGGUAUUGAGGCUUAGGGUUGAUUCAUUUCCCCAAAGUGACAGCACAAGCUAGUAAUGACCCCAAUUAUCCUGACAAUAGACUGAGUACCCUUGCUGUUUCAUUUGGUUCAUUUGGGUAAACUAAUCAAAUGGAAUGUCAAGAUAAAUGGCACUUUGAAAAGUUUGCAGUGAAAGUGUUAAAGAUGAACCUGAUUAGAUAUUAUUUUAAAAGCAUAGAUGUCUCUUCAAAGAAUGGAAUGUAAGACUCUUUGUUUCCAAGCAAUCAUACUAGAGUCAUGAUUUAAAUUGAGGUCCCGCUAUAUGUUAAGACCCUAAACACACUGCAACGAGUACCAGCAAGUCUUUAUCAAUCUCUAGGGAUAGAACGUGGGGAUCUGUACCUUGGUAAGUGCCCAAAAGCUGAGCAUCGUGAUCCUAAUAGUUCUCUAGGGCCCUUUUCACGGCUCACUCUAUGGUUGACUUAAACAUUUAAUUUCUAAGGUAAAUGCCAUUUUUCUAAUUUUUUUCUCCCAAUUCAGUCUAAUUAAUAGUAGCUCCUUGCUUGCAAGGGGCAUUCUUGGACAGUAAACCUGGAAAUUGACUUUAUUUUGUACACUCUUGGCUUUAUAAACAUAGAUUAGCCCUCACUCCGGAAAGAAUUUUUACCAAUUUUUACUUUGUUUUGCCUUUCCUCAAACCAAUUACAGGUCGUCAGUAAAAGUUGAACGAUAGUAAAAUAUGCAAAUACCCACUAGAAUGAAGGAGAGAUUAGAGAGAGAGAGAGAGAGAGAGAAUGUGUUAGAGAUUCCUCCUCCCCCAAAGAGAAUGCAUUUGCAAAAUCCCAGUCAAAUGUAUUUAUUUAGUCACGUGACUUUUUCUGUUGGGCAACUUCUAAAAUCUGAAAUUGAGGGUUUUUAGUGACAUCAGCGAGGGCUCAGAAUAUAGCUUAGAAACUUAAUAUAUGGAAAUGUGAUGCUCCCAUGGUGCCCCUCGUGAAGUUCACCUCAAGCAAGAGUCAAAUUGUUGGUAUAAAUAACUAAAUCAAGUCAAGUGACACUGAUCAAGGAGACUCUUAUAAAUAAACCUCUCUACCAUGCUUACUAUCUGAAUUUAUCUCCGAGCUGUGUUGGGCUUUCCCUCCUCAGCUUUUUGUUUGUGUGAUGUUGGUUUCGUUCGUUCGUUUGGCCUACAAUGUAGAGCACCAUUCUCUCACUUAGGAAUUAAAUAUGGCUUCUCUCAUGCUUCUGUGUUAAUCCAUAGAAUGAGGAGGAAGAAUGGGAGCAGACUGUGCUCUUUAUAUCUCCAAAUAUCACAAAUAAACAAACCAAAAGCAAUGGCCUCUCUCACCCAUCACUGCUCUGGGGCUAUGCUGUCUGCAGUAAGCCAGAGUCACAUUGUUAGUAUCCAGUUGAAAUAAAGUCCCUUCUUGAAAGACUGUCAACUUUUAGGAUUGGUUGCCAUGACUGAGGAUGGCCUUUUUGACUGGUUUCAUGUUUAGUUUCUGCUUUCUAUCCUAAAUGGGUAUUGGGGGUGGAGGUGGAGAUUGUGCACGUGUGUCAUGGGUAUAAUAAUUUUUUCUCCAGACUGAACUUCUGGUUUCCUCCCUUUCUCCCUGGAGUCCAUUUAACCUGUGCUAAAUGCUAGUCUCAUAAGAAAAAGAGAUUUCAGUACAAAGCCAGUGCAGAUUAAAAUGAUCCUUCAUGCUGUUUUACAGAAAGAGAAGUACGGUGUAUUUGAACUACAUUCAUCAGUAUUUUCCAAAUCAUGUUUGAUUUAUUUGCACAAGCAAACCCCCAUGGUGUUCAGAAAUACAUGGUCCUAUGUCACAGCUGUCUCCAUUUAGAUAUGGGCAAUUACGUUCACAGUCUUCGUGAAACUUAGAGUGGUACUGAACUGGUAAAAUGAUAGUUUUAAGUAUAAGAGUAUCCUUUGAGAACCUUUAGGAAAUUUUCUUUCUUCUCCGUUGAAGGAUGUAUAAACCAAAUUAUAUAAGAAAGAGGGUCUGGCUAAGAUAAUUGUAGCUUUAAGGGAAUUUUGCCAAUUGAAAGUAAAUUGUUAUCCACGCUCACUAGUACCUUUUAUGAGUUUAAAUUUUAUUUUCUAAAAAAAAAUCUCUUAACCCAGCAUGAAAAUUGUUUCAGUUUUUAAAGAUCUGAACCUAUGAUCAAUAUUCCAAGCCCCUAUUUAUUGGAAAGCUUCCAAAUCCUUGGAUUAAUUAGCACUAGAGAAGAAUCUGCAGUGAUAUUUGUCUGAACAACUUUGAGAAACAAGAUCAUGUUAGAGUGAUGCUGAUUAUUUUCACAUAACUUUUGGAAUUCUAUGAAAACAUUUUAGUUAAGGCCAAAUGCAGUGCACUGCUUUCUCAGCACAGAAUCAGAGGAUUAACCCUGAGGAUUGGGCUUUGUUUUGUUAUUUACUUUUUUUAAAAAAUCAUUUUUUUACAUAAAAUCAAAUAAAAAGUGUUCCUUUAUUUAAAAACUGUUUGUAGAGACAGAAAUGACAUUACGUUUUCCGAACAUAGUUCAACCUUUAACCCACUCAGUCUGUGAAUCAUUCAUUACCUGACAGACAAGCUACCCAUAAAUUCCCUGCUUCCUAGACUAAGCACAGCGUGCAUAUCUUAACUCCACCCGACUCAGUCAACCUCUCUACCUUAUUGACAUCUUUUCUGGCAAAACCGAAUGUGGAAUAUCAUUUACUCAUCAUCACCUUAAGCUAUUUAAAAUAACGAACCAAAUGACUAUCUCAGAAGAUCCAGUAGCUGGUAUUUUUCUUAGCAGUUGCUGGGAUGACAUUUCUUAAAGCUGCAUUGAUUCCAAGGGUUGGUGUUUAAUUACUGCUUUUUAAAUUGAAUACGCAUGGAAGAGAUUGGUGCCUCUCCCUCUGUCUUCCUACCCCUUCUAUUCUCCUCAUCCUUCUCCCACCCACCACACCCCACUCCACCCCUUAUCUCAGUCAGAGGGAACUGGAUAAUUGCUGUUGAAUAAUUAUUCUGGAAACCAGCUGUCGGGGUACACUCUAGCCCUACUUACCAGCAAAGCAGGAAUUUUCAGGGCUAGGUUUUAGGCUGUUUGAACACUGUUAUAUUUCAAGUGAAAAGUCUUCUCAUUAAUUUUUCCCUUGUAUAGGGCAAACCCUUUCUGAAUGAAGUGACUGGUUUGAAUCAUCAUUUCCCACCAAGUGGCAGUGGAAGCCAUUGGGGUUUUACUGUUAACAAUAAGAAACUACGAAAGGCAUCACAGAGAAAUUUUGCUGUGUUUCUAACUUAGAGUUAUGCAAUCCAUCCAGUCAGUGACGAUGUUUAUCAGUGUGUACUUUGACCUGGUAGUGGCCUUUAUUUCAAAUUAUCCGUGAUCCAUGUAGCAAAAGUGCACUGACUCUCUUUAUAAUCCUGUACUGCGUAUACCAUCGCACAAAACAUCUUGGGCAUCAAAUAUUCACAGAAGAAACUGUGCGCUCAAAUACUCGAGUAUAUUUUAAAUUUAGUCAAAAAGCCAAUGCCUGGUCUUUGUUCCUUCCUGCUCAUUUCAACAAUGUGACUUACAGCCUCGUCCGCAGUAAGGCUUACGGCUUCCUGUGAGCUCAGCCCACCAAAGCUGCAGAGGCCUGCUCCCUCUGACAAGCUGUGAGCUCUCUCCUGGGCAGGCAGGACAGGAUGUGGCUGGACCGACUGAAGAUAGUAAUCAUGAGAACAUCUUCACGUCACUCGCCUUAUGAGUUAGCAGCAGCGUGGAUGUCACUUUUUGUAACUGGUGAUUUUUAUAAAUGUUCCUGCCUUCAUAAUCCUCCCAGUCACCCAUCUCACAGAAUCUUGAAUAUGCAAUUACUCUUCGUGACACAUUGAUGCAAAUCGGGUUCCCAUUUGAAAAUGGAGUUUAAUGUAAGUUGUUAUUGAAAUGUGACUUUUUUUUCCUCCUGGAAAAUAAAUGAAAAAAUAUGAAAAUAAA